AUGUAUGGGAUGUGUUGUGUUGAAUUGGAUAUAAAAACAAAUUACGACGAAAUCUGCGUAUGGAAAGCUAUAGAGAAGACAAAUGUAAAUGAAGGCAAAGACGAGAAUGAUUCAAUUAAUAAAGCUGAUGCAUUGUCUGCAACCGAAUCUGAAUACAAUAACAUUAUAGCAGAAGAGUUGGAAGAAAAUGACUUCGAAGAGGAAGUUAGAAAGAAUGUAUGGAGCGACGUCGACGAUGAACUAUACAUAGCCAACGUUAUAAAACAAAGAACUUCCAAUGAAUUAAAACGCGUCAAACGUGAUACUAGUUCGAGUGUUAGUGAUUACUAUAGUGAGGUUGUGAAUAGUGUUAAGUUAGAUAAAAGCGAUAUGUGGGAUCUGGAGCCCACGGACCUAACGGAGUGUGAUUGUCUUGGACCACCUCCUGAGUUCCUGUUGCCUCCACCCCCUCGGCCACCGUUCCUCCAGGCGGAGUAUUAUUGUGGAGACGAUCCAAUACCUGAUUUGGAGACCUGCGAUACGGAACCAAAGAUCGAUGCAUACAACCACAGCGGACCCUCACUGCAGACUUCAGCUGUUAUCGCCCUCUGUUCCAUAGUCCUCGUUCUUGGAAUCCUCAUAGGAGCUAUACUCAUUUGGAAACAUAAAAGAAAAGUAACAAAUCUCCUUCCAUCAAAGUCGACAGCGCCAAGUCAAAGUUCUGGGUCUCAGCGCAGAGCUCCACCUCCAGCGCCGUUGUACGAAGACCUUCAGGAUCUGCCGAGGAGACCACCUUUACCUCAGAGACCCGAUAUAGAACCUCAAUUAGAGAUGGUAGAGACAAAGAGACCAAAUUGCCAAGGGCGGGUUUUCGUCUGUGGCACCAGCGGCUCGUGGAGAGGCAACAAUCCAUGCGGAAACGCUUGUAACGCACCCGUUUACGAAGAGCUGCCUCACAGAUCAGAUGACUCAGUACAUAGUGAUGAUCACUUCGCAGAGGAUGAACUAAGCCUGGUCGGUGACGUCCUCCCCUGUCGGACAUGUUCGAGACCUCCACAAUCACUCCCCCAUCGACCAAGACAGCAGCGAUUAGACCGAAGACCAAAAUCCUUAGAUAGGAGACGAGGACACAGGGUGCCUAGACAUGUUCAUCCGCCGGAUCCAUCCGAAUUUCACGAGGGAGUCCUGCUAGAUGCUUUAUUAAGAUUGUACCCUCAAGUGGGAACGGUCGGAGCGAGACCGUCUGGUCCUAUGCCCAUUAGUGCCGGCGGUGCCUGGCCAGGUGGCGAAUUGCCUGGUAUAGCUUGCUGGAGAGGACCCAGAGCCUCUCCCAAACCGCCCAGCGGAGAUUCCUCUUUCGGAUCUGAUUCAGGUUAUAGCAAUAACACAUGUGGGACAUGUGGUACAAGAGCUUCAUCCAGGCACAGAUUAUCCGCGGAGAUACCUUUGUCAUGA